CAUACGUAUUGUGCUUUUCAGAAAAACAAAAUAGUGAGACUAUCAUAAUACAGAAAUAUGUUGAAACUAAUUGUAAUAUUGUUUCUACUAAACAGCCUACAACAAGCAAACUCCCAAUCAAUUGUGACAUGUUCAUGUGAUUUGACUUCUUCAGCUUGUGAUGGGAAUUGCUGUUGUGAUCCAGACUGCACAACAGAAGAUAUAAGUGCGUUUGUGUGUUCAAAUGCAACAUAUAAUGAGGACUCUCAGCUUUGUGUGAACCAACUUGUUUUUGUUAACAAUUUGCCAACAACUACAGUUGUCAAUAAUAAUGGAUUGUUCUGUAUCAUUAGGGAGAGAGACACAUCAAAUAAUUUUUAUACGGAACCUACUAUACUUAAUGAUACUGCUGAAUUCAAUGCUGCUUCUCAACAAUAUCCUACUUAUUCAUAUGAUCUUUCAACAACAGCUACAACCUAUUCACAAGUAUAUUAUGUGGCGGGAGAUCAGAUAGAUGUACAAUACAGCAAUGAAUUGCGAGGAAAAUUAAGUUUUGCUAUUCCUGGCAUAGCAAAUACUUGCGUAGACACAAAUCCUGCUGCAUAUCUUAGUGAUCAAACGUCAACUUGCAAUCGUCGAUUUACUUUGUCAACUUCUUGUUCAUCUGGAUCUGUGCUUGAUCCUGCUUCAUAUUAUUCACCUACUUUUACAAUUGCAAAGGUGCCUAUUACAAACAUUACGGACAGUACAUCAUUUGUCAAUGUCCUGAUCUGUGAUGGUUCUACAACUCCUGGGAACAUAACCUAUAAUACAGGUACUGGUGUAUGCUCAAAUGUAGCAGCCAGUGUUUCAUAUAGGAUUACUUACGAUGGAACAAAUGGAAUAUCUUCAGCUUGCGUCUCAUUUCCCCAAGUUUCUGAUAUUUCACAAUCCAGCAUAUCUCAGACUUUCAGUAUUAGUUUUGUAUCAUCUGCGACUGUUCUGAAUGAAACUGAAUCCAGAAGUGGAAAUCCUGGAUAUGUUAUUGGAAGGUCAUUGAGAACAGCUUCAGGGGGUGGUUUAGGAAAUUUGACAAUUGAUGCUACUCAGUUUACUUUGAUUUCACCAAAUUCUAAUGGGGAUGGAACUUGUACUGGUGUUGCAUCACAGCAAAUUAACUUCGGAGAGGAUGCAAGAACAGGGUGUCUUUUGAGUUUCACAAGAAGUACAGCAUGUAAUUCAUUGCAAGAGUCGAUAAUCUCUGUUCUCAACAUUCCAAGCAAUGCUUAUCUUGCAACAUAUGGAAAUACAUUGAUAACAUCAAAUACAACAAAUGAUUGGCUACAACCACCUGCAGUGGCUUUGCCAGCUAAUAGGAGUGAUACUCCUGAAACAGCAUGUCCUGAUAUGUGGACUGGUUUAAACUAUACUAUCUACUUUGCAAACACUGGUUCCAUAUCUAACCCUCAACCUCAAAUUAUUGGAAUUGAAUACGUUCCUGUAACAAAAUCUAUAGCAUAUGAGUGCUUUGGUGUUGAUUGCAUAACGGGCACAGUUUCGCAGUUUGUGGAAAUUACGUCUACUGUGACAUUUGUUGAUGCGUCAUCUACUCCGUCAAGUAUAUUGCGAGAAAGACCAACAGUGAAUGCUAGAUUGCCAAGUGACUUUUUCUUCCCCUUCACCGGCACUGCAACAUGAUUAUUUUUUUUCUGGAAGAGCUGUUUUUAAUACUCAUAUUAGGCUAUCACAACUGGCAUUCCUGACUCAAAUUGAUCUGAGUAUUUAUAUACAUGCAGCUACUUUUUGAAGUCAGACAUAAAUUUUUAUCCAUCUAUCAGGAUAGCUUAUUGUAUUUCCCUGCAGUAAUGCUCCCAAGUUUUUGUGAGUUUCCUGUGCUGCUGUGUUAGGCAAAUCUAUUAAAAAAGUGUAUCCCUAUAUUUUUAUAUCAUGUCCACUGUUUUUGUAGAUAUUGAAACUGUAAUAUAGAAUAUUUUGGUUUUACA